GACUUCUUGAGAUCAUCUCUGCAGCGCUCAUAUCAUCAGUACUGUCUCGCAUUUGGUGCUCUCGCCAUGUCGCAACCCACCCAAAACCAUCACGAGGAAGAGGAAGAAGAAGACAACGUCUAUCUCGCUGAAGACGAUGUGGAAGAAGUUCUCGAAGAUGACGGUGGCCGACCCGACUUUGAAGAAGAUGCAGAGGAGGAACAACCUCAAGCGGAGGGAUCAGAACUCAAGGACCUUGGAGAUGAUCUUGAAAAUAUCGAGCUGGAAGCCAAGAGGCGGAGGGUAGUCAGAGAAGAUAAUAGCUGGGGCUCGAUCGGUAUGGGUCUUGUCCGGGGAUGAGCAAGACUGACAAAGUAAUAGCUCUUCAUGACAACCUCAAGUCCAUCUUUGCUCUAUCACUGCACCCCAAGUUUCCCAACCCGCCUCUGGCCAUCACUGGUGGCCAAGACGACACCGGUUUCAUAUUUUGUCCCAUCCCUCCGUCGGCAUCGGCAUCAUCUUCCGAAGUGAACUCUCGAACGUUCCCUCCUGUACGCCUUACAGGGCAUACAGACUCUUUGGCAUGCGCAGCGUGGAAUCAUGAUGGUGAAAUGGUAGCUACUGGGGGCUUGGACGGCCGAGUUAGAGUCUGGCGGAGAGUGAGAAAGAGCAGAGGAAAGCCGCUCACGGACGAAGAGCUGGAGGCCAGAGGCAUGGAGGCUUGGAGAAACUGGGAGUUCUUGGACAACUUGGAGACCGGAAGUGAGAUCGAGUGGUUGACAUGGCACCCAAAAGGCAAUGUCCUGUCAGCCGGCUGUGACGACGCUUCCGUCUGGAUGUGGUCUUUGCCUUCCGGAAACACUCUCAACGUCUUCUCUGCUCACACCAUGCCCCUCACCGCCGGUGUAUUCCCACCGCCCUACAAAAACCUCCUCACCUCCUCCCUCGAUUCUUCCCUAAUCCUCUGGGACCCCCGCUCCACCUCGCCCAUAUGGAAAAUCAACACUUUUCUCCCACCCAACAUCACCACCAUCAACCCGAGUAUACACGGUACCACCUCCAUAGCCGUCUCUCCUCGAGGAGAUAUUGCUGCUGUGGGAGGUGCGAACGGGCUUGUAAAGAUUGUGCAUCUGAUCAAAGGGGAAAUUUUGACAAUUCUCAAGGGCCACAGACAGGGGGAGAGUGUAGAGUCUUUGGCCUUUGUGGACCUGAUACCGGGUGGGGGAGAUGGUGGGAAGGGUCUUGUUAUUGUCAGUGGCGGGACAGAUGGCAAGGGUUUCGUAUGGGAUGUCAUCACCGGUCGAGUCCGCUCCGAGAUCAAUCACUCUGAAUCAAUAACGUCCCUCGCACCCCACCCUGCCCCCAACACACAUCUCGUAACAACGUCUUCCAUAGACGGUACGCUCAAAACUUGGGACGUCCGGACGGGAACGUUGGUAGGAGCACAUACAGGGCAUUCCGGCGGGGUGCUCUGUGUCGCUGUGGCUCCUCUACCCCCGAGCUCAGAAGAAGGCGAGGAAGAGAAGAGCCAGGUUGCCGUCGUCAGUGCCGACGACGAAGGGUAUUGCAAAAUCUGGAAAGUGUAGAGUACCUUAGAUAUCUAGAUGC